GACUUUUACCAUGAGACUGUUCAUAAUCUCGCGAGAACAAACGAGAGUAAAAAGAUAAUUUUUUUCCAAGAUGGCUGCGCCCAUGAGAUUUGUGGCCAUCCAACUUUCACGAAGAGUUUAUCCUCUUUGGCAAGCGGUUUCCCACCAGAGAAAUCUAACGACGCAGCUCCAGGCCAGAUGGAACACUUCCAGCUACCUACAACAGGCACGGAGCCUGUCCAGAACGUCAGUAGUGAUGUGUGAUGCUGAGGAGGAAAAUGUUGAAGAAGGAGCAUCAAAAGAGUCUGAACUCCCUGUGGUCACCUGGGAGGAGAGUGUCCGUUAUCUGCAGUCCUCAGAAUUUGCUGAGCGAUACAACGGGAGGGAAGUCUGGUGGGACUAUGUAAGGAACCACAAAGGAAGCGUACCACCCCAGAAAACUCGUAAAACUUGCAUUAGAGCAAGGAGGAUAGCCACAGGCAACCCCUGUCCUAUCUGUCGGGAUCAGAACCUAGUUGUAGACUACAGGAAUGUUGAGCUUCUACAGCACUUUAUCUGUCCUCACACUGGAGAAAUGCACAAUGUGCUGAGAACGGGUGUUUGCCAGAAGAAACACAGGCUGUUGAUUAAAGAAAUCGAAAAGGCAAAAGACCAUGGUAAGGGCUUCUUCAACACUCACAUAAGUAGGAUUUAUCUGUGUCUAGCUCAUGUAUAAUCUCCAGCUCUGCAA